GCCACAAUUUUGCGCGCGAACAGGUCACAUUUUCAGUUUCAUAUUUACGCAGGACUUCAUUAACGCGCGCGCUCACACACACACACACACACACACACACACACACACACACACACACACACACACACACACACACCGCGGCGUUGCUCUCUCCAUCCUCGGAGACGCUGGAUGGGAUUUUUUUUCUGUUGACCUUCACACAUAUUUGGGAUUUGAACAGAGAGAAAGAGAGACAGAGCAGAGAAGGAGAAGAAAGAAGAAGAGGAGUGUGUUGUGUUGUGUUGAGUGUGUGUGAGGUGGUUUUUUUUAUUCCCGGGCCUUUUCUCUCUCUCUCUCUCUCUCUAUCUCUCUCUCACUCUCUCUUCAUUAUUUAUUUCCGUUAUUGAUGGUGGAGAUUUCCGCGCCUGCACGAAUCGCGUGGUGACAUUAGUGACAUUUUGGGUGUUUCCGUGCGCGCGCCAUGGCUCGGCCGCGACCCCGCGACUAUAAAGCAGGAGAUCUGGUUUUCGCCAAGAUGAAGGGAUACCCGCACUGGCCCGCGAGGAUUGAUGAGCUUCCAGAAGGAGCUGUGAAGCCUCCUGCUAAUAAAUACCCCAUCUUCUUCUUUGGCACCCAUGAAACUGCGUUUCUUGGCCCUAAAGAUCUGCUGCCAUAUAAAGAGUAUAAAGAAAAGUUUGGCAAGUCAAAUAAGAGGAAAGGCUUCAAUGAGGGACUGUGGGAGAUCGAGAACAACCCUGGAGUCAAGUUCACUGGGUACCAGAGCGUGCAGCAGCAGAGCUGGUCAGAGGGGGAAGGGGCUGAAGCAGCAGAUGGCAGCAGUGAGGUUGAGGAAGGUGAAUCCAUUGGAGAGGAAGAGGAAGGAAAGGUGAAGGGUGAAAAGGUCGGAUCCAAACGGAAAAAGACGGCGUCCUCAAAGAAGUCAAAGCUGUCCAGGAAGUGCUCUGCUGAGGAGGAGGAGGAGAAGGACGGUAAAGAAGACGAGGAGAAAAAAGAUAAUGAUAACGACCUACAGAACUCAGACAAGAAGACGUGCUGUCCAGGGCAGAACCAGCUGCUCCGAGAGGAACAUUAGAUCCUGAAGAAAAUCUGAUCAUGUUGUGGUUUGUUCUGUGACGUUGGAAAUGUAACUCGCUUUGACAUCAAAAUAAUAAAGAAAAGAAAAAAACGUAAUUAUAAAAAUCACUGAUCAGAAAAUAAUAUUAAAGCCACAAGUACAGAGAAAUUCAUCCAUGUCAUCAACCGAGCCAAGCUGAAGCGAAAACACGUAGAAUUAAAGGGGCGGUAAGUCAUAUUCUUUAUUACACGUGCAGCUUUUAAAGGCCUGCGGUGAUUUUGAUGAAGUGUUUGAAGGUUUUGUUGUUCUACAUUCUUAGUGUGAAUUUGGCUGAAAUGUUGCUUACUGCCCCUUUAAUCUGCAGUGUUAACUAACACUUUAUCAGAUGUAAUAUAGUCAUCAGUUUAGUGUGAUGUUCUAGCUGUAGUUGUUAUAGCUGGAGUGUUCACCUGGAAACCAGCCCACUCUCUCCUCUGACCUUUCACCUUUCACCCAGAACCCUAACCUUUUCAUGUCAAACCUUGAUCUUUUAUACUAAACCCUGACUGGUCUAGCCCUAAACUUUGACCCUUCGACAUAACACUGUUCAUGAUUUGCUGCCUUUCCAAAGCUUUUACUUUAACACUACCUAUUAAGUGUGAACUCUGACCUUUGAACCUAAUCCUAACGGAUUAACUCAGACUUUUUUUCUUGCUAAACCUUGUAAUGUCGAGCCCUUACUCCAAAACCUAAUCUUUGACCCCAGCCUUGACCUUUCACCUUAAACCCUGACCGUUUCCUAAACGUGACCUUAACCUGAUCUCCUUUACCUAACAUCUGACCUUUCACCCCAGACAUACCUUAAAGCUUCAUGUUCCUUGCUUACAGUAACCUUUAACCUUCCACCUCAAUUUCUUUACCUUUAACUCUAAACUCCUAAACUGCCCUUUUUAGCUCUCCUCUGUGCACUUUUACCCUCUGACCUUUGACCCUGUACAUGCUAUGUAUAACCCCAUGAGAGACAGACAGACAGACAGGCAGACAGACAGCGUGAUAAGUAUAAAUAGUGGUUUUUAGUAACACACUGUUGAUGGUUUGAGUUCAUGUUGCUGUAGAAUUCGGGACCACGCUAACGGAUUAACGAUCUUUUUUGUUUAGUUUUGUUUAGUUUUGUUUGUUUGUUCAUUUUUUAUAUAAAUAAAGUGAAUUUUGGUUCCUGUGUCUGUGCGCUCGCUUGUUUCUUAGCUCUUUAGUGGCAUGCUGUCUGUCUUAUUAAUUCUGUAAUAUAAAACUCGCUCGGAUAUUAGCGCCGAGUCCGAGGCAGGAAGUGACUCUUAACAUUUAGCACUUCAUGACAUCAUCACUGAACUGAAGACGCUCUUUUACUUCCUGAUCUGUGUUUAUACAAAGAAUAUAUUCUAUUUAUUUUUGAUGAUGGUAGAUGAAACAUCUGUGGUAAGUGUUAGCGCAUUCUCAUGUCCUGAUUUAGUCACAUGACACAUGUUUCUGUGGCAGUGUGGGCGGAGCUUACAGUGAUCAUAUGACAUCAUCGGGGAGCCUAUUGGUACACACAGCCGACUUCCUGUUAUAUUACCCGACUACACUCGAGCGUCAAGCCAAAGAAUAAAAACAAAUCUUGCUGAUGUCACAUAUUCAAAUCCACUGGGAUGGGAUUUAAAGCCCCGCCCCUUGUUAACUCAGACAUGCUUGUCAGUGGGUAAAAUCAUUACAAAGAGAUAAUAAGUGUAGAUUUUUUGCCCCUCUUUAUCUUUGUUCUGCUCGUUACGGUUCUAUCUUACAUUUUCAACGUUUGUAGUUCACUGUAAACUGUUUUUCCUGUUUAUUCACAAAACUUUUGCAAAAUAAAUUUGUUGGAAUGCACA